AUGGUGGGGCCGUUAGGGCAGUACCGCCCUGGAUUCCUCCAAACCGAGCCGUCAUCCUCCUUUCCCGCCGCAUUCCCCGUCGAGAUCGAGUGGGGAUUGGGCAACGAGCUUCUGAUCUGCGCUCCGGCCGCAUCUGUCGCCGCGUCCGACGGCGCGUUUCAAGGAAGGUCGGACGACCGGCAUGAUGACGUGGCGGGACGCGGGUCGGCAAUUGUCAGCGUGACGUGGGCUGACACGUCAUCGUUCCACCGGCAGAUCGCAGCGGGGGCGUCGUCAUUGUACGGGCGACUGCAGGCGGCGAUUGCGGCGGAAAUGGCGGAGGAAGCGGAAGACGCGGAAAUCGACGAGCGGCGCGAGAGAUGGCGACACGUCAGCAGGUGGUCUCGCCACGUCAGCAGGCUCCUCUCUCCACCGUCCUCCCAGUCCACGCUGGCAGCUGCGCGCGCCUCGCCCCACUCCCUCGGGAUCUCCGCCGCUGACCCGUUUGCAGCGAUAGAUGUUGAAGAGAGGGAGGAAUGGGGGGACGAGCCUACCAACCAGUCUCUGCCACGUGGCAUCACCCAGGGUGAGCUGGCAGCGGUCUGGGACCUCCUCCGCCUCUGCUUCCUCCCCCACCACACACCUGGCUCUGCUGACGUGGACAAUGACAUGGACACUCGCAUGGGUGGCAGUGCUGACGUGGACAGUGCAUUCAGGGGAGCAAGAGGAGUAGGGGGUAUCAGAGGGAUGGAGGCAGGUGGCAGGGGUGGCAGCAACAGCAGCUUCCGCUCCUCUCCGCCCUCCUCCUACCCCCUCCUCCUGCCUCCUCCCUCUGCUGCUCCUUCCACCCCCACCUGUCAGCCCUUCGUCUCCUGGCUUGCUCAAUACAACGCGUCGCUACCUCCUUGCAACACGUCCACGUCAGCAUGCCUCCGGUCCUUGCGGGAUCAAAUGAGCCAAUCAGAGGCCAUUCCUCCAGAGGUUCUUGAGCCCUAUUGGCCGGCGGUGGCUUCCUGCGCUGCGAUGGGCUGGAGAGACACGGCGACGGCUCUGCUCCGUUGUCACUCAUCAUACCGCGAGGACCAGGUCAUUCAGAGGGAAGCGGAGAACGGGCUGGUGGAGGCCGUGGCAGUGCUGCUCGCAGAAAUGCCGAUGCCGCUUGAGCCAAUGGCGGCGCACGACGCUGCUGAGGUGUCGGCGUAUUACAGGCAUCGCGACCAUUGGCGCAACCGUCUCGCACGCCUCAAGGCAAGCCCUUUUUGGGCGGCGGCAGAUGCGCCGGCCACCGAGAGGGCGCUGCUCGCCCUGCUCGACCUGCUGUUGGGGAGCUCCCGGGCCGUUGAUGACGUGGCGCGCUCCCAUUGGCUGGAGCUGCUGGGGGCGCGGCUGUUGCACCAGAACCCGCAGGCGACAGCAGCAGUACAGGCGUCGCUCGCACUGCAAUGCUGGCGGGAAGCAGCAGCGGGCGGCGGUGGGAAGAGCGGUGGGGCAUCUCAGCCGUUGGAUGCUUCGGAUCUCAUCCAGCCGUCGCUGGAUCGGCUCAUGCUUGCGUCCUUGUGCCGUGAAACAGAGGUUGUGGUGUCCAUAGCAUCUCGACUCCUCCCUUCCUGGUUCCUAGUGCAAGUGAUUGAGCUUCUCUCACUUCCCUCGCCGUCCCUCUCCGCACUACCAGCCAAACAAGCCGCUGCAGCUGUCGCCCAAAAUGCUGCCUCUGCCGCCCGGGAGCCAUCCACAGCAGAUGGUGCUGACAUCAGCGGCCUGUCUGUUCUGGAUCUCUGCCGGGUGAACUACGCCAUGGACCUCCUAUCAGAUGCUGCCACGUGGCAGCUCGCCCUCCCCUACCUCGCCCCAUGCCCACCAGGAGAACCCUUCAUAGAGCAAGCCCUGUUGUGCCAGCCAGUCACAGUCACCACACACACCAGCAUCUCAAAGACACUCUUCCUCCUCGACUCAUACGCCCCUGCCUGCUACCCCUCUGCUGCCGCCUUCCUCUCACGAUCUGCUGCAAUGGCAUGUUGGGACUCUAGAAGCCUCGCCACGUCGCGCCAUGUGGCGAGCGUCUAUUGGAUGGCAGCGGCCGGCGCACCAGCAGCAGCGCCUAUGGACGCGCUUGUCCUUUUCCUCGCAGACGAGCUGCUGGUGCCAGCCAUCAGGGGGAGGCUGCAUCUGGUGCAGGGCGCACCUGGUUCAGGUUCAGGUGGUGCCAAAGAGGGAGCAACAGCAGGUGCAGCAAGAGCAGCAGCGGCGCUGGAUGCUCUGAGGAAUAGCAGUGGGUCGACCGGACAGAGUCACUCGGCUCUUGAAUACGUGCUCUCUGUAUGGGAGCUGGUCAAAGAGCUGACUGGUGGAUCAAACAGCCCAGUGUCGCCCUUUUUUCCUGCCACCACUGCUACUGCUACUCCCGAGCCAAUCCAACGAAGCCACCAGGCGGACCGGCUAGUGCAGGCCAUGCUCCACACCUCAUCGCAUUACCCUCGUGUCUUCCUCUCUCUGUCUCAUCUCAUGGCUCAUGUGCUUCAGAAUUGCUCCCUACCGUUCAAAGAGGCCCACAUCUCUGCGCUCAUUAGCUGCUUGCAGCACUUCUCCCCAGACUCACUCUCACAACAGCGCUCUGGCUUUAAGAAUGCUCCCACUCUCACUGCCCGUAGUUUGCCUGACGCGGACAGCCAAGGAGGCAUGGGGCAGGCAUCGCUGUGGGAUCAUUUGAAUAGCCUCAAACUGGCACUGGCCAAGGAGUUGAGUGCCAAGAUCAUGUUCCUCUGA